GUCACGUUGCGAGUCUCCACGGUUAAUAGUCUUGCGGACACCCUUUCAUCAUGUUUCUCGCCAUAGUUAUCGCAAUAUGCCUCGGCCAGUCCUUCGUCGGCGCAAUCGAGCUGACCACCGGUUUUGUCCAAUUAUCAACAUUAACCACGGAUCGACAUUUCGUACGCACUACAAAAACCGAGACCUACACUCAAACAUCAUCGGUCUGGCCCACCGCGCCAGUAACCGGCAGCCCGAUAUCUAGCUCUGUAGUCACGCUUGAUGGCCUCCCCAUAACCAAAAUUGUUGCCGCCAUUCCUACAGAUGCACCUUUCGCCUCAACAAACCCAUCGCGACAGUUCGGCAAUGAUGUAACAAGCUCUUCAACACUUACCGUCAUCUACGGACCCGUAGUCGUCACGCCGCCACCAUCAUGCACCCGCACUUCCUUCCGCUACGUCACCUCCGCCAUACUCGGCGACCUCAAUAAUCUCCAGCCGUCAGAAAUCGAAGCCGCCCUUUCCCAGAUCGAAGGCGCCACGCGCUCCUCCUUCUCAACGGACAUGCGCCCUGGGCAGCAAUCACCGGGCACGACGAGCUGGGCUCAAGUCAAUAUCUAUCUUCCUACAGGCGUGGCCUCUCCUACCCUCACCAGUUCCGAUCUCGACCAUCUCGCACAAUGUUACGAUCCGCGCCGUUUUGGAUGUCCCAUGGCGGAGAACACCGCUGUUAUUGCCGGCUGCCCCAUUGACCGGGUGCCGACCGGAUAUCCACUGCCCGUCGACGGGGAUUCCGGCGCAACUCCAAUAUCAAGCUCGAUGGGUGGUGCGGCAGCACCGACAGGACAGGUUGGGGCCGUGUUUGUGGCGGCAGCUGCUGGAUUGGGGAUCGCUAUCGGUGCUGCGAUAUAG